UUUCAGGGGAAGUAACUAUUGUACGGAACUGAAAGUAGACUUUUGAUAGCAAGAUGUCAGAGGAGCUUAAGGUGCACUUUAAUAAAAUACUGCAAAGUAUUGAAGGUCUCAUGGCCAUAAUUAUCACUGACAGAGAUGGGGUUCCAGUCUUUAAAGUUUCCACUGAACACUGUCCAGAGCUGGUUUUGCGGCACACUUUUCUAGGAACAUUCGGCUUAGCUGCAAAUCAGGCCAGCAAACUGGGAAUGUCUGAUAACAAAUCCAUCAUAUGCAUGUAUGAGAAUUACCAGGUUGUUCAAAUAAACAAGCCCCCUUUGCUACUGACAUAUGUUGCUUCUAGUGACUCAAAUACAGGUGUGUUGUUGGACUUGGACAACAGCUUUCAAGAUGCUCUUCAAGACUUACGUAGAGUCGUUAAUACAUAGUGAGCGGCCCAUAGUCAACUUGAUAAAUUACUUUGUAACUCAAAUACUCCUGAAGUUUUGCUGGUCUGGAAUUGCCUGCAAUCAUGUUUUGUCAUAUUGAAUGCAUUGAUGAAACACCAUUGGUGAGAAGUUGUGAGAGUGGGGUUUGUGUGUUGAUCAUAUGUCAUGACAUUGGGCUGGCUAUGCUACAAUACAAUGUCCUUAAUGAUGUAACAGUUCUAAAACUGUAAAUAGAAAAUAAUGUACAGUCAUAUGUUAAUGUUGGCACUGGUUGUGCACUGGUUACCACCAAUUUAGCAUACCAAUAAUUUAUAUUCAAAGUAUAUUUGAAAUGUAAAAAAAGCAAUGUGUGCAAGACUGUCUCAAAUACUUCAUAUAUUGGAACGGACUUACAUUUUCAUUACUUGCCAUAUUUUAUUAAACAAAUUAUGACGAAAAACAUUUGUGGAAAAAGUUCAAAAAAUUAAACAUAUAUAGCAUGUGAUAAAUAUGGUUCAUUUUGCUGGUAUAUAAUAUCAAUGAGUCAUUUCAGUAGGUAUUGUUUUGAAUUAUAAUACACAUUCUAUAUAUCUACAUUUGACAUGGUCUUUGCAAAUUCUGUGGUGUCAUUGGUACCAAGCAAUCUAGUGUUUCAAAAUAUGGUUGCUUCCAUUACAGCGCAAAUUGGCAUUUCAUGCAAUUUUAUCAGUGUUGUUGUACUUGUAUAUUAUUGUAUAAAAUAUGUUAAGUAUAUUUGUAAAUGUUGGGUAUUUUCAAAUAAAUAUAUAAUAACUGAA